AUGGGUAUCAAAGAAGCUGUUAUUUACUUGGACAACCAAUGGAAUACUUAUUAUGCUGGUCAAACAGUUAAUGGAAGAAUAGAAUACGUAUUUGAUAGUCCAAAAAAAGUUAGAGGGAUACAUGUAAAAAUUAAGGGCGAAGCUCACACUGAGUGGAGUGAAAGUAAGGAAGAACAAGAUGCAGAAGGUAAAACGCAAUCUACAGAUACUCUUCACACUGGGAAUGAAGAGUACUUCCAAAUAUCAUACUAUUUACUUGGAAGUAAUACAGGUAAUGAGAUAGAAAUACCAGCUGGAAAACAAGUAUAUAAUUUCACUUGUACUUUACCACCGGUGCUGCCAUCGUCCUUUGAAGGUCAACAUGGUUACAUCAGAUACACAAUAAAGGUUACAUUAGAUAGGCCAUGGAAAUUUGAUCAAGAAACAAAAAUGGCAUUUACAGUUAUUAACGCAUUGGAUUUGAAUCUCAAUCCUUCUUAUCGGGAACCUAUACACUUCCAAAUGGAGAAGACGUUCUGUUGCUUCUGUUGUGCGUCCCCACCUUUAUGUGUUGAUGUGAGAGCUCCUGUUUCUGGUUAUUGCCCUGGUCAAGUUAUACCUUUGACUAUAGAUAUUGAAAACAAGAGUAAUGUUCAACUACAUUUGGUGAAAAUAUUUUUGAGAAAGGUGGUGAAUUAUAGGGCAACCUCUCCGAGCACUUCAACACGAAAGACAAAAGAUGUUAUUCUAACAGUUCAAGAAGGUCCUGCUCCGGCAGGUACAACGAAGCAUUGGACUUUGACAAUGGAAAUACCUCCGAUACCACCAUCUAACUUAGUAAACUGUAACAUCAUUGAUUUAGAUUACGAUUUAAAGGUGGAAUGUGUUGUUUCUGGAAUGCAUUUUAAUAUGAAGGAUCGCAAGUAUAUCACCAUUGGAACAGUGCCAUUGGUUAAUGCUGGUCAACCCAUCCCAUCCCCAUCUGCGCCAAUGCAGCCAAGCAAUGAUGCAAGUCAACCGGCUGUUCUGCCGGUAGGGCCAGGCGAACCUGCAGUGCCUUCUAAUGUGCCAAGUGGUGACGUCGCCCCAGGAGGCUGGGUGGUUCCAGGUGAACCAGCUCAACCACCAUACCAAUCUUUGUAUCCUUCGCUUUCCCAACCGGUGUACAAAGAAUCUCAGUAUGCCGCUCGGACGAUCCAAGAUAGAGGUGAAAGCAAAAACAUGGCUAUAACCGGAGCUGCCAAUUUCGCGCCAUAUUAUCCUACGUACGCCUGGCAACCGCCGCCAUUACCGCAGUAA